AAAAGACAUCAUCAUGAUAUAUGAAGAAGAUGCUGCAGAAUGGGCUUUGUACUUGAGAGAAGUUUUUUCACAUGUUGUGAAAAGGGAAGCAAUCCUGUUAUAUCACUUGGAGAACUAUUCUCUUCGGGAUUUGGAAUUGCUAAGUUUAAACUCUUACAAGUGUAAACUUUUGAUAUUAUCAAAUAGCCUGCUUCAAAACCUAUCUUCAAAGAAAUGUCAGUUUCUAGAAAACGUACUGCAUUCACCAGAAAGUGUGGUUACUCUGCUGUGUGGGAUGAAGAGUUCAGAUCAUCUUUACAAAUUAUUAAAUAUCUCUGGAGGCAGAUGGGAGAUCUCAACUGAGCAGGAGCCUGAAGACUACAUCUCUGUAAUCAAGAGUAUCAUAUUCACAGGUUCUGAGGACUACCUUGAGGUCAUUAUUCCAACAGACCUAAGAGUGGAACAUUCUGGGCAAAUAAGUGAGAGAAAGGAAAUUGAAGAAUUAUCAGAAGUUUCAAGAAGCACCAUAUCACAGGCAGUGGUGCUUCCCGCUGAGAUUCCAUGUGAGAAUCCUGGUGAAAUAUUUGUUAUUUUGAGAGAUGAAGUAAUUGGUGAUUCUGUGGAGGUUGAAUUUACGUCAAAUAGUAAAUGCAUUAGAACACGGCCAGCCCUCUGGAAUAAGACAGUCUGGUGUAUGAAAGCUUUAGAUUUUCCUGCUGGCUCUGUCAAUGUCAGUGUCUACUGUGAUGGAAUCAUUAAGGCCACAGCAGAGAUUAAAUACUAUUCAACCCCAAAGGCUAUGAAAUGCCUAUUGGGAGCGGCAGGUCCAGGAGAUGGUGUGUACCAGAAUGACGUUGAUGAACUUGAUCAUAUUCUCACAUCAACAUUCAAACAGGAGAUACCAUAUUAUGAGUUCCGAUCACUCCAAACUGAAAUCUACCCUCAAAAAGAAUGUUCUUAUUUCAAAGAACUUCCAACUCUUCUCCACUGUGCAGCAAAAUUUGGCCUAAAGAACUUGGCUGUUCAUUUGCUUCAAUGUUCAGGAGCAACUUGGGCAUCUAAGAUAAAAAAUUUGGAGGGUUCAGAUCCAGCACAUAUUGCUGAAAGGCAUGGUCACAAAGAACUCAAGAAAAUCUUUGAAGACUUUUCAAUCCAAGAAGGUAGCAGAAAUAAUGAGGAAGAAAAUGACUAUGAAGAGGAUAUUACCUCAUUUUCUACAUGUUCUCCUGCCAUACAGAGCCCAGUUCUCCAUCAUGAAAUCUGGUGGCCAUACAGGCAGAGGGCAGAAGGAGCAGAGGUGGAUGAAACGGCAGAGGAAGAAAAGGAGCAUGAAUCAGGCACGGAGGCCAAGCACCGCCCACCAGAGGUUGACAGUGGGAGUGAGAACCAGUAUGAUGACUUGUACACGUUCAUUCCUGGAGACAACCCAGAAAAUAAUUCGCGAGGGCCCCUCGUGAGCAGCAGACCACCUCUCCCUCCACCGCGACCUGUAACAGCUGCCUUCCCACUGGAAAAACCUCACUUCACAUUACAAGGGAAAACGUUGGAAGGCCAAAUGGAAAGGAGUCAAAGUUGGUGUGAUUCCAGUGCAAGACAUGAAACAGGAGGUGAGCCCAGAGGAGAACAGAAAGGAGAUGAGGAAGACCAGGAAGAGGAGGAAGACCCGUACACUUCUGCUGAGAUUAAUGGCAAUGAAUAUGACACGAUACUGGCCAAGACGAGUACAAAGAAAAAACUGGGAAGCCGGUCAUUCAUUCUGAACAGACCUCCUGCUCCCACACCACGACCCACAAACAUCCCUCCAAAAGAGGAAACUACACCUUAUAUAGCGCAAGUGUUUCAACAAAAGACUGCCAGAAGACAAUCAAAUGAUGACAAGUUCCAUGGCCCUAAGAAACAAGACAGAUCUCAGACGGAGAGUCAAGCCUUUUCCACCAUAAGGGGCUGCCUUGCUUCUGGGCAGGAGGAACUCAUCCUCCUGCAAGAGAAAGUCAAGAAUGGGAAACUCUCUGUGGACGAAGCCCUGGAGAAAUUUAAACACUGGCAGAUGGGGAAGACUGGCCUGGAAAUAAUUCAGCAGAAAAAACUACGCCAACUACGAGAUUGCAUUAUUGGGAAAAGGCCAGAAGAAGAAAAUGUCUACAAUAAGCUCACCAUUGUGCACCAUCCCAAUGGUAAUGAAAAUGCCCACAAUGAAAACGUGUCAUAUAACAUACCCUUUGGCAAUAAGCUUCCUGCUCGACUCCAAGUUGAAAAGGAAUUUGGUUUCUGUUGCAGGAAAGAUCACUAA